AUGGCCUACAACAAAGGCUUCAACCCGGACAGGCUGCCCAUGCACGCCGAGCCCGAACAGGCUGCAGCAAUGAUGUCGCAAAACGCUGCCUCAGCACCGCGCCCGCUGCGCACAGGCUCUGCGCGCCCCGACUACAACAAACCCCCUCCGCCGGUUCCUAACCAGAGAUACGACACGCGCCCAGACGACCGCUACGGCGGCGGAGGGGGCCGCGGCGCAGGAGGUGGAUAUGACAACAGGCCCCCGCCAGGCGCAUACAACGACGGCCGCCAUGACAACCGCUACGACUCGAGGCCCGAUCCCAGAAUGGCUCUUGGAUCCCCUCCACCAGCAAACUAUGGCCAUGGCCCGCCGCCCCAGGGCUAUCAUGGAAGACCGCAGCUUGCGCAGCAGGCAAGGCCCCCACCAACGCCCGCGCCCGCCCCACCACGCGACGGAAAUGAUCGCGAAGCCCUGUGGAGGCUGUUUGGUGCGGUGGACAAGGACAGAAGAGGUGAACUCACAGAAGCCGAGCUGCGAACUGCCCUCGUAAACGGUGACUGGACUCCUUUUGAUCCGCAUACCGUACGCAUGAUGAUCCGAAUGUUCGACACCAACAAAUCUGGCACCGUCAACUUUGACGAGUUCUGCGGCCUAUGGGGGUUCCUUUCUGCCUGGCGCGCUCUUUUCGAUCGCUUCGACCAGGACCACAGCGGCAGUAUAUCUUAUGCCGAAUUCAACGAAGCCCUCAUUGCCUUUGGAUACCGUCUCUCGCAGCAAUUCGUCACUUUGCUGUACCGCACAUAUGACCGCGACGGCCGCAAUGCGCUCAGUUUCGACCUGUUUGUCCAGGCAUGUAUCAGUCUGAAGCGCAUGACAGAUGUAUUCAAGAAGUAUGACGAGGACCGGGAUGGAUACAUUACGUUGAGCUUCGAGGAAUUUCUUACAGGUGCGCAAGCUUUAUUCCUCUUCAACUCGAUUUCGGCCUCCACUGAUACCGGGCUUUACUAG